AUGUGGAAAGUAUUAGCGGCCUUAGUCACGAUGUGUGCCGUGUUCACAGUGAUAGCAGGGCAAGGCAAUAGCUCAUCUACCGAAGCACCUACGACGACGACCACCACCACCAACGCCACUGAGGCACCUGCUGUAACGACAACUACCACUGUGAAACCUGAUGUGACGUUCAGCACUGCGAGUGUUGAGACUACGACACGUGCUGGUGCUCCAAGCGUAGUGAACUCAUCCGUCCUGCCAGUUCUGUUAGGGGUAUACGCUGUAAUGUCGCUCCUGAUCAACUGA